GGUAAGAUGCAGUUGUUUCAUAUUUUUGGGUUAAUAUGUGAUUGUGUGUGCUUGUGUAGUUGUACCAGGAAGGAUGAGUGACACCGAGGACGACAAUGAGAUUUCCUUUACGGUGAAGUUUAUUGGCCGAGUUGAGGUGGUCAGCCCUAAUGGACUUAAUAUCCUGGAGGAAGCAGCUCAGAGCCUUAAGACACCUGACCCUUACGCCUCUGAGAAGACCGCCAAGAAGAGCAAGGUCCACCUCUUUGUCUCCCAGAAUGGUGUCGACCUUUUGGAGAACAAAACCAAGUUUCUGCUGUACACCUGCCCGCUCGCCACCAUCUCCUUCUGCGCCGUCAUGCCGUCGUCGCCCAAAGUGUUCGGCUUCGUGGCCAAGCACCCUGCGGUGGACAUGUACCACUGCUACCUGUUCAAAAGCGACACCUUGUCCCACGUGCUGGUCUCCGCUGUCGGCGACGUCUUCCGGACCGCCAAGAAGGAGGAGAGGGCGAGAGGAGGUCGAGAUCUGAUUGUAGAGGCGCUCAGGCAUAAGAACAAAAUGCUGCAAAAGCAGAAUUCCGAGCUCAAGAGGAGGCUUGCAGAAAAAAAUGGCCAACAAUAAGGUGCUGGUGUGUUAAACAUACGUAAUACAUACAGUACAGGCCAAAGGUUUGGAC